UAUGAUAGAGAAUGACCUAGAAAAUAUGAAAAUGUAUGCGUAUCUUAAUUCUAGUAUUUUAGAUAAUGAUCAUACAAAGUCUAUUAGGACUUUAUAAUAUGUUUUGCUUCCAAAAUCUAAAGAUGAAAUUAUUACGAGAAAGAAUAACUAAAAUCACAUUAAGUCAUAUUUAUCUUAAGGAGUAAACCCUACAAAUAUUGUUCCAAACAACCUUGAUGAUGGAAUUUGGAUUGGCCUUCCAAAUAAUAUUCAUAAUUAGUUUACUAAGCCAAUACUUAAGGAAGCAAAAAAAUAUACUGAUCAAUUAGAUUAAGCUAUUAACAGAUAUUAAGAAUACAAUUAAAAGAAUAAUAAACUAUAAAAUUGUAAUUAAUCUAAAAAAAGUACAAAAAGAGUGACUUUUGAGAAUUCAGAAAUAUGA